AGCAAAAUGAGCAUCAAAACCCUCACAGUUGAAUAUGACCCCGCAAAGGAGAGGGGCGUGUUUUCCAGAGGAGAGACGCUCACAGGGAGAGUGGUGCUGGAGUUGGCUAAAGACACUAAAAUUGAGUGUCUUUCAGUGACAGCCAAAGGGAAAGCAUCUGUGUUUUGGACUGAAAGUUACAUCUACGCCAUCGUCUCCUACAAAGCCAAGCAGCAUUUUUUUUCUACAACCAAAAUUCUCCUGGAGCGAGCAAGACCUGAAUCAAAGGUGCUUUCUGCAGGGAGGCAUGUUUUCCCCUUCUCUUUUGACAUCCCUGACAUAGACUUGCCAAAAUGCUGGGUGGGUCGCCAUGGACACAUCAGUUACUUCCUGGAAGCCAGAGUGAGUCGAUCCAUGAGGCUGGACUGCAAAGAAAGAACAACCUUCACGGUGACGUCUAUUGGCAACUAUUCCGACCUUGAUAUCAUGAAACCUCAACAAGCGCAGGAUGAAGCGAAAGGAAUGUUUUCAUCUGGGAAAACGGCACUGAAUGUUAGUAUUAAAAAGAUGGGUUAUCUGCCAGGUGAAGGCCUAGAAAUCACAACUCAAAUAACCAACAACUCAAAAGACACUACAGUGACUCCCAAAUAUAUUUUCUACGAGAAGCAGUCUUUCUUUUGCAAAAACAAGAGGAAAGUUCACACUAGACACAUUGUGGAGGAGAAAGGCGACCCUGUGCAGGCUGGACAACAAGUGACCCAAACUCAAGUACUACAGAUACCGAACAUACUCAAAUCAACUCUCCUCAACUGCAACAUCGUCAAACAAGAGUACAGGCUGGAGGUUCUUCUUCUUGGCCCGCUGUAUUCCCCAAUGGUCAAGUUGCCAGUCGUUGUGUUGUGAGAGUCUGGGACACAAGGACAGAGAAACUUAAAUAAGAGAAACAGGAAUAAUGCACUAUAUGUUAUAAUAUUUUUAUACUGUUGUACUGCCCAUACACUAAUAAUGUAAUAAAUA